UAUUUGCAUAAUUUUGUGUGAUAUUUUGGACUCUUCAUGUAAACACUAUUCCUAUAAAAGCGAGAGUUUUCGUCGAAAAUGAUAGUUCACAAACUACUUCCAGCAACAAAAAUGGACAAACGAGUACUACUCUUCUUUUUCUUAAUUAACAUCAUAUACGUCUGGUCUUCCCCCCACAUGGUCCACUUGAUGAACAAACGCGAAAUUUUCUGUGGCACGAAACUAGCUGAGACUUUAGCUAUGCUUUGUAAAGGGAAUUAUUACUCUCCAAACCCAAACCCUACUAAAAAGUCGACCAAUGAUAUCUUCGCUUACAACGAAUACGACGAGUACUUCCCCAACGAAAGCGACGACGAAAAUCAAAUCGACUUCCCAUUCCUUCAAAAAGAAUCGGUAAAUUCCUUUUUACCAAUCAGAUUUCGGAGAACCAGAGUUGGCAUUGUUGACGAAUGUUGCCGGAAACCCUGCACUCUCAAACACUUGAGUUUGUAUUGUGGACAAUAACUUAAUUAGAAAUAUUAGUACUCGUAGUUACUCUAAAAAAAUAUGAUGUUUUUUGUAAAAGAAAUACACGAUGUUG